CCAAGCAAAAAUCAAAAGUAUAGUUGUUUAAAGUGAUAGCAUAGUUCUCCCCAAACAAACCACUUAAUUUUGAGGUGUCAUGCAGAAGCCUGCAUUUACAAGCACCACUAAUAAAAUAAACCAACCCUUGCAUUGCUGUUAUUCUGCAGUCUGUUAUGGGUGUCAGACUAGGUGUGGUGGGGUUGGACAAACUAUAAUUUCAAAGCUGGUUUGGGUAGAUUUUGUGACAAAAGAGGCGUGCAUGUUUACUUGCGUGCGAGUUAUGUUUGCCUUUCUCUUUCUCCAUCUGUAGCCUAAGUGACUGACAGUUCUCCUUCAGGUGGGCGAUGCUCACGUACGUUUGCAUGUGUAUCCUCUCUGUGGGAGGUGCCGAGGCCUCCAGCUGUUUUGGCAGAUAAGCUGUUGUCGACGAGCUCCCGGCUUCCCACAGUGCAUCAGUGGAACAGAUCAACUACUGUCACCACACACACCCUCGCGGUUAGCCAAUAACACACUAUUACGACAGCCCGUCCAACUGCUGGAAAACUGUCCACACAGCACAACGUCCCCACACACCCCGGUUAUCAUGGUUACCCAAUAACCUCUUGGUCCCGAUACACCGGACUGUACGGAACAUAAACAACUCGCACACAGCUUUUCGUCAGUAAUGAAACGCACACAUUCAAUCAUGCAACAAUAAUGAUACGUACACAAAUAUCCCUUCAGCCCUGACAAUAAUUGCAUUAAUGAAGCGCGGCGUUCCCGCUCUCUGUUGUUUUCCUCCCUGAUCCAGUGUCUGAUGACUCAGACUGCCAUGUUUAACAAACAGUGAAAAUCUCUCACAACCUGUCCGUCCAUCAGGGCGUUCCACAACUGUCAGCCUUUAACUCCGUAAUCACUGCCUGAAUCAGCUGAGAAUGUUUCUGGCAGAUAACACUGACCAAGCAUGGCUGUCAGCUCAGGUAAAGAAAGCUGCUGAAGCGUAUCCACUGAAGAACGGAAAGAUGGGACAGGGCUGGUCUUCUUCCAGCUUAUGAAACCUUCGGACUCAGUGAAUUACACUUGUGAUGUGCCCUUAAAACAGCUUGGAGAUGCCGUGGGGUGGAUGCUCAGAGUACAGAUGGAAAAAUUUGGAAAUGGAUCUCGCGUGAAAAUCUCUUUGGGCUUGCCAUCGUUUUGCCAUCUUGAACACCAGUGAGAGCCAAAGCUUUUCCACCACUGCUCCUCUCCUGAAAGGAUAACAGUGGGGUUCAGUCUACUUUGGGUCAUGCUGUGUGGCUGACUUCUAUGCUCUAGCUGAAAUGAGGUUGGUGAUUUUGGGGUCGCGGCCCCUCUUGGCCUUGACCUUCAUGCUCACCCUCACCUGCCUAAAACAUCCAUGCCAUGGUGCGCCGCCCUUCCCUCAGGACCUGGAGCCCAUCAGCACCGUCGAUAGUGAACGCACCUACCUGUACCCCAGUUUCCAGGGGAACAUGUCAGAUAAUGACACCGCCAGACUGGGGCUGGAUUUUCAGAGGAUGCUGCGGAUUAAUCACAUGGUCUACAUUGCUGCAAGAGAUCACGUUUUUGCCAUUAACCUCAGUGCUUCAGCGGAGCGUAUUGUUCCCCAACAGAAACUGACAUGGAAGACAAAGGAUGUGGAGAAAUGCACAGUCAGGGGGAAAAACAGCGAUGAGUGUUACAACUACAUCAAAGUGCUGGUGCCACGUAACGAUGAAACUCUCUUUGCGUGUGGAACCAAUGCGUUCAACCCAACAUGUCGCAACUACAAGAUGUCGUCUUUGGAGCAGGAUGGAGAGGAGGUGGUCGGUCAAGCCCGUUGCCCUUUCGAAUCCCGCCAGUCCAACGUUGGCCUGUUUGCCGGCGGUGACUUUUAUUCAGCCACAAUGACAGAUUUUCUAGCAAGUGAUGCAGUGAUUUACCGAAGUUUAGGAGAAAGUAGUCCUGUCCUGCGUACCGUAAAAUACGACUCGAAAUGGCUUCGAGAGCCUCAUUUUCUUCAUGCCAUUGAGUACGGGAACUACAUCUACUUCUUCCUCAGUGAGAUUGCAGUAGAGUACACCACCCUUGGCAAGGUGGUGUUCUCUCGGGUCGCUCGUGUGUGUAAGAAUGAUAAUGGCGGCUCUCCAAGGGUUCUGGAGCGCUACUGGACGUCUUUCCUGAAAGCCCGGUUAAACUGUUCGGUUCCAGGCGAUUCGUUUUUCUACUUUGACGUUCUUCAGUCAUUAACCAAUGUCAUGCAGAUCAACCACAGGCCUGCGGUGUUAGGCGUCUUUACCACUCAAGCCAACAGCAUCACUGGUUCUGCCGUAUGUGCGUUCUACAUGGAUGACAUAGAGAAAGCGUUUAAUGGAAAGUUCAAGGAGCAGCGAAACAGCGAGUUGGCCUGGACGCCAGUUCCUGAUGAAAUGGUGCCCAAACCACGGCCGGGGUCCUGUGCUGGUGAUGGCCCUGCUGCUGGUUAUAAGUCGUCCACAGAUUUCCCUGAUGAAACUCUUACAUUCAUUAAGUCUUAUCCACUAAUGGAUGAGGCUGUACCUUCUGUCAACAACCGACCCUGCUUCACACGAACCACUAGCAGGUUCAAGCUGACCCAGAUCGCUGUGGAUACAGCAGCUGGCCCAUAUAAGAACUACACGGUUCUGUUUCUGGGAUCAGAAAAUGGACGAGUUCUGAAGAUUCUCGCCAGCAUGCAUCCAAACUCCACCUACAGCACGCAGGUUUUGGAGGACAUAGAUGUUUACAACUCCAACAUGUGUAAUGUACGUGGUGAGGACCGGAGGAUUUUGGGAUUGGAGUUGGACAAGGACCAUCAUGCCUUGUUUGUGGCGUUCUCAAGUUGCGUGAUCCGUGUUCCACUCAGUCGCUGUUCUGACUACGGCGACUGCAAAAAGAGCUGUCUGUCCUCGCGAGACCCUUACUGCAUCUGGCUGAGCGUGGGGAACUGUGCUUCAGUGGCGCCGGGAUUCAAGUCUGGAUUUGAGCAGUAUGUGGAGAGUGGAUAUCCUCAGUACCCAGACAGCUGUCACGAUGUCUUGGCCACGACUCGCAAGCAGAACCCUGCGGUGGACUCUGCAUAUGGAAAGACCUCACCCACAAGCGCCAGCACAACCAAUCAGGGACCAGCUCUGCCUAAAGUCAAGGGUGUCCCUGAGACAGGUACCCGCCCCGAGGAGGGGAGGCGGGGAGGGCAGGGUUCUCCUGACUUGAAGCCAGGAAGUGUGGAGAUGGAGGGAGUGCGUCGACCCCCUGAGGUAGAUAAGUCCAACCACAGUGUUCACUACACUCUGCUCAUUGCGUGUGUCCUGGUGGCGUUUGUCCUGGGAGCUUUCCUCUCCGGAUUCCUGGUUUCCUGUUACUGCAACCACAACGUGAACAAGACCAAAAGGCUGUCGAAAGAUCCAGAAGCACCAAUCCCGCAUGCUCUAUCCUUGCGCAGCCUGGCCAAGCUAAAUGGUUUGCUGGAGAGCCAAAACAAGGACGAUAAGUUGGAGGUAUCCUCCCCCAAACUCUAUAACUCUUUCUUUGCGAAUGGAAAAGAGCAGGUGCAUCGCAGGAAUGGCCAUCAUGGUGCCAUGACAGAACUCAUUCACCCACAUCAUCACCACUCCGCAGAGCUCUCUGGCCUUCCGACGCCUGAUUCGACACCAGAGCUCCCGAUCAAGAGUAUGAAGGCCUUCAAGAACCAAUGGGAGAAGAAUCAAAACUGCAAUAACGCUAAAGAACCCAAGUCCCAUAACAUGGGAGCAUCUCGGCGGACAACUGGGAUGCAGCAUCAGAUUUUCCCCUUCUCUCAAGGACUGACCAACGGUCAAGUACUAGGUAGCUCAGCACACAUGGAGGAACGCAAAGUCCACAAUGCGGAGCGUGUGGCAAGCCAGCCGUAUCACUGCUACCCGCACAAGAUCGUGGAUGUCACUUCACUUGAUGAGCUUCUGAAACACAUCCACGAAAUCAAUGUGGCUACGGGCAAGAGUCCCACUGUCCUCACCUCGUCCAUGUCAGCCAACGCUGGUCAAAUGGCGUUCGCAAACCGCGUACAGCCGCAGAUCCCAGAAACAGAGUCUGCGCCAUACUAUAGUUCCUCCACUCUUCCUCGGGACAGUCUUACUCGCCGCAUGGAUGUCCCACCAGAUAUUCCUCUUCAUCAUCAAUCCACUCUGGAGAGAGUGUCCCGUCACCAGUCUCAACGCCACUCUUUGAUAACCACUCCCAAGAUGCCCAGUGGGGGCGUAGUGCCACGGCAGCACAGCUUCAACCAACGCAGCGCCCAUCAGCCCCUGCUGCUCUCCCGAAUGAACUCUAACGGCAGCAGUUCGGGUUGCGAUGUACGGCACCCACUCAUCCCUAACGGAUACCUAAGUCGCCAGCAUAGCUACAGCGAGCAGCCGGAAGUCCACCGUGGAGCUAUUGUCCGUCGGACAGCCUCGCUCAAGCCCGACGUCCCACCCAAACCGCUGUUCAUCCCUGCUAGCUCGCCUGUCAACCAGGCAGGGAAGUUCAACUACUGAACAACAGAGAAGAAAAGCCUGUGGUUUUUCAUAAAAGGAUACUUGACCUCUCAGAACUGAUUGUGGUCUAGAAUAGUUAAAAGAUUGGACAAAAAAAUUGCCUUUAUGGGGGAACAAAAUAAUCCUCUGGAGUUUGGCUGCCAGUGUUGUCAAUUUUACAUUUGAACUAUGACCUCUUUUUCUCUGUUUCAUGAAUAUAUUUGUACCAUAUUGGUAUUGUUCAGCUAUUGGCCAUUAGGAGAAGAGGAGUUACAGGAGUCCACCUAGAUUUAGGCUGCGACAGUGAUAAGUGUGUGGCUUUACGGUGUUACUUUGGACUGUCCGGACAGGUGUCACUGCUCCAAAUCUCUGGACCUGAACAUUUAUCCAAACAAGUGUACACACCUUGUUUGAUAUUUGGAUCUUUCUUGCUUUGGCUUAACUAUUCUGUUGAUGUAGAGUUGAUGAACUGUGCUGAUCCCAAUUAGAAAUGUGUAUAUAUGCAUGCAUGUGUGCGUGUGUGAGUGUAUAUAUAUAUAUAUAUAUAUAAAAAUAUAUAUGUAUGUGUGUGUACAUAUACUUACCUAGUGUAUGUAUCUAGAUAACUGAAAUGGUUUAGCCCCCUCAACAAGUUCCUUUGCCUUAUUUUGAAAGCAGAUGUGCUGUUGAAAUGCCCACACAACCUGAAAUGAUCUCUGUAAAAUCCAUAAGCAAUAAUCUCCACCCCAUCCUAUCCACUCUAGUGUAAUGCAGUUACAACAACUCAACACAAACUCAGUAAAGUUCAAAUUCAGAUGAUUAAAUAUGGCUAGAGAUACAGUUACAUCUGAAUAAUCAGUCCCAAGUGAGGUGAAUCAGGCUUAGUGUUAUGAAGAUGUAUGUAUAUACCUUAGAGGAAUUUAUUCUUUCUCUGUACACUGCAGAAUCAGUGUGAGGUGCUCCAGUAUUUACCCUCUGUCUCCUUUGUUAAAAUCAUUUAAUCAGUGAAAGUGAAUCCAAAUUUAAUCUCUUAAAGCAGAAUCAUCUAACACUGUGUCCUAACCAGGCGUGUUAAACCAAAAAAACUCUAUGUAAACCUUAAAGGGUUAGUUCACCCAAAAAUGAAAAUUAGGCCAUAAAUUACUCACCCUCAAGUCAUCCUAGGUGUAUAA